AUGUCUCGUCGAAUACCUUCAUUUUCGGAUCUUAAUAUCCGUUCUGAGCAGCCAAUAAAACGUUUUAAAACAUCUGGAAUAUCUCUUGAUUCUUCAUCAUAUCGUAAUAUAUUUGAACAAUUUGAUGAUGUUCCACCAUCACCAACAUUAAUAACAACAAAUACAGAUAUAAAAAUUCCAAAAACAUUUGUAUCAAAAUUAUCAUCACAACAAUCUUCAUCAACAUCAUCAACAACAGCACGUUCAAUAAUGACAAAAAAACUUAAUCAACAAAAUGAUGAACUUUGGUCAAUGUUAUUUCAACCUAAAACACGUCAUGAUCUUAUUCUUCAUCCAAAAAAAAUUAAAGAACUUGAAGAUAUACUUCAAAGAUCAUGUGAAAUUGUUAAAACAAAUCAACGACCAUCUAAAUUAAUACUUAUUUCUGGUCCAUCUGGUUCUGGAAAAUCAACAUGUCUACGAAUAUUAGCUGCUUCAUUGAAUAUUAAUAUUGUUGAAUGGGAAACUCGAACAACAUCAACUUUAACAAGUACUGUACUAGAUGAACAACGAGGUUAG